UGAUCCCUCCUCCUGCUGACGGUGUAAGCGAGUACUCGAGACAGGAAGCUCUGGUGAGCACUGAAUGCUAACAAGGGGGGAGAGUACAUAUGUCCACGGCGAGCGGAAAGGUGGGGGGUUCAACGGCGAGAUAUGAAGAAAUAAAAUUAACCUGCAAUGUGCCAACGUCAAAUCCACGCCGAUCAUAACCAUCCUCACCACCGAUAUCGUCCUCACCUCCACCGAACGCGCGACCACCUUCGUCCUUUUCCUCUCGAGUGAAAUGUAUCGGGACUGUACGGGAUCCUUUUUCUGACAAUGGAGAUUGAGAAUAUCGUGGCCAACACCGUGCUGCUAAAGGCGAGGGAAGGAGGAGGUGGGAAGCGGAAUGGACGGAGCAAGAAAUGGAAGGAGAUGCUGAAACUGCCACAUAUCAGUCAGUGUGAGGAGCUGAGACGCACCAUUGAGAGAGAUUACACCAGCCUUUGUGAGAAGCAACCAAUUGGUCGUCAGUUGUUUCGUCAGUACUGUGACACUCAGCCUAAGUUACGACGGUGCAUCGAGUUCCUGGAUUCUGUGGCGAUGUAUCAGGUGGCUCCGGAUGAGAAGAGAAGAGACUUCGGUUUAAAUAUUUUAGACACAUAUUUUAAUAACGGGUCAGCAGCUCAUCUACCAGACAUUUCUCAGGACGUGGUGGGGGAAUGCAGGCAAAAACUGGAGCAGACUCCAUGUAAAGAGCUCUUCCAGGAGUUUACUAGGAUAGUUCGUGAAUAUUUAGGUGGAGCUCCUUUCUCGGCGUAUCAGGAGACAAUGUACUUCUCGCGUUUCCUCCAGUGGAAAUGGUUAGAGAGGCAACCAGUAACCAAAAACACAUUUAGACACUACAGGGUGUUGGGAAAGGGCGGAUUUGGUGAGGUUUGUGCCUGCCAGGUUCGUGCCACUGGUAAGAUGUACGCCUGUAAAAAGCUGGAGAAGAAGCGAGUGAAGAAAAGAAAAGGUGAAGCAAUGGCAUUAAAUGAAAAACGCAUUUUAGAAAAAGUUAACAGUAGUUUUGUAGUCAGUUUGGCUUAUGCAUAUGAGACAAAGGACGCACUUUGUUUAGUGUUGACUAUAAUGAAUGGCGGUGACCUCAAGUUUCAUAUCUAUAACAUGGGGAACUCUGGCUUCGAUGAACAGCGUGCCAUUUUCUACGCUGCAGAGAUCUGCUGUGGCUUAGAGGAUCUGCAUCGGGAGCGGAUCGUCUACAGAGACCUCAAACCUGAGAAUAUUCUCCUAGAUGACCGUGGGCACAUUCGUAUUUCUGAUCUGGGAUUGGCUGUCCAGAUUCCAGAGGGCGAAACGAUACGAGGGCGCGUUGGGACGGUGGGAUAUAUGGCACCGGAGGUCAUUCAGAAUGAGAGCUACACCUUCAGUCCCGACUGGUGGGGUUUGGGUUGCCUGAUAUACGAGAUGAUUCAGGGUCAGUCGCCGUUCCGGCGGCGCAAAGAACGCGUGAAAAGAGAUGAAGUGGACCGCCGUGUGUGCGAGGACCAGGAGGAAUACUCAGAGAAGUUCUCUGAAGAAGCUAAAGACAUCUGCCGACAGUUGUUAUGUAAAGAUCCAAAGGAACGUUUGGGGUGUCGAGGUAGCGGAGCGGCCGAAGUGAAGCAGAAUCCCAUUUUCCACAAUAUCAACUUCAAGAGAUUGGAGGCCAACAUGCAGGACCCGCCUUUUUGUCCCGAUCCACGUGCAGUGUACUGCAAGGAUGUUUUGGAUAUCGAGCAGUUUUCAACAGUUAAAGGCGUAAACCUGGACCCUACGGAUGAUGACUUUUACCACAAGUUUGUAACAGGAAGUGUCUCCAUCCCCUGGCAGAAUGAGAUGAUCGAAAUGGAGUGCUUUAAGGAGAUCAAUGUUUUCGAGAUGGACGGCGUGCUGUGUUCUGAUCUGGAUGUGAACAGACCAAAUCCGGCACCAAAGCGGGGAUUCUUCUAUCGUCUAUUUCGACGAGAGGCAAGUGCUAGCGCGCCGCCCGUCGUGGUCAAAGGGGGUGGGGCUUGAGGUUUGCUUCAAGAGUGCCAACAGUGUGGAAGGGGAGGAGCCAUCUUGACUUUAAACCACUCCCACUUUUCGUCAGCUGCCAAUCGGAAAGCUAAAACGUAUGAAUGUUCAACUGUAUUUAUGAACUGUAUUAAACUGUAUAAUAAUUAAAGGGUAUGAGUUUAAAGAAUUUUGUACAUUUGUACUUGAAUUAUGUGUAGAUGUAUAUUUUCACAAAAGGUUGUAUUGUACAAAAAGCCAUAGAAAUACCACUUGAAUGCAUAUAUAUAUAUA